AUGGCCUUCGCUCAUGGACAUGUUACCAGGGCGCUGUCAAAGGUUCUCCAGACGGCGCUGUCAAAGGUCCUCCAGACGGCGCUGUUAAGAUUCCUCCAGACGGCGCUGUCAAAGGUUCUCCAGACGGCGCUGUCAAAGGUUCCUCCAGACGGCACUGUUAAGAUUCCUCCAGACGGCGCUGUCAAAGGUCCUCCAGACGGCACUGUUAAGAUUCCUCCAGACGGCGCUGUCAAAGGUCCUCCAGACGGCGCUGUUAAGAUUCCUCCAGACGACGCUGUCAAAGGUCCUCCAGACGACGCUGUCAAAGGUCCUCCAGACGACGCUGUCAAAGGUCCUCCAGACGACGCUGUCAAAGGUCCUCCAGACGGCGCUGUCAAAGGUCCUCCAGACGGCGCUGUUAAGAUUCCUCCAGACGACGCUGUCAAAGGUCCUCCAGACGACGCUGUCAAAGGUCCUCCAGACGGCGCUGUCAAAGGUUCUCCAGACGGCGCUGUUAAGAUUCCUCCAGACGGCGCUGUCAAAGGUCCUCCAGACGGCGCUGUUAAGAUUCCUCCAGACGACGCUGUCAAAGGUCCUCCAGACGGCGCUGUCAAAGGUUCUCCAGACGGCGCUGUUAAGAUUCCUCCAGACGACGCUGUCAAAGGUCCUCCAGACGACGCUGUCAAAGGUCCUUCAGACGGCACUGUCAAAGGUCCUCCAGACGACGCUGUCAAAGGUCCUCCAGACGACGCUAUCAAAGGUCCUCCAGACGACGCUGUCAAAGGUCCUCCAGACGACGCUGUCAAAGGUCCUCCAGACGACGCUGUCAAAGGUCCUCCAGACGGCACUGUCAAAGGUCCUCCAGACGACGCUAUCAAAGGUCCUCCAGACGGCACUGUCAAAGGUCCUCCAGACGGCACUGUCAAAGGUCCUCCAGACGACGCUAUCAAAGGUCCUCCAGACGACGCUGUCAAAGGUCCUCCAGACGGCACUGUCAAAGGUCCUCCAGACGACGCUAUCAAAGGUCCUCCAGACGGCACUAUCAAAGGUCCUCCAGACGGCGCUGGCUUUUUAGAGAACUGA